AUGAACUCCCAGGAACUUAACACUGCUGACUCUCUCCACAGCCAUACCAUUGAUGGCCAGAAGGCCGGCUGCGUCUUGUUAACGCGUCAACGGGGAGGAGGACGAGACGACGACGCCGCCGAGCAGUCAGCGUCCCAGCCAUGGUCGCGUCGGUGUCUGCGGGGGUCGCCCUGCUCGUAUGUCUCCAGUGCUGCACGGGUCUGCUCGGAACUAAGACGGACUGUGAGCCCAGUCAGUUCCGGUGUGGUAAACGGCCGCUGUAUCCCGUCUGUCUGGCAGUGUGAUGGAGACGAGGACUGCUCUGACGGCAGCGAUGAGAACUCCUGCGUGAAGAAGACGUGUGCGGCCGUUGACUUUGUGUGUCAGAACGGUCAGUGUGUCCCAAAGCGGUGGCACUGUGACGGAGAGCCUGACUGCGAGGACGGGUCCGACGAGAGCGUGGAAAUCUGCCACAUGAGGACGUGUCGUGUGAACGAGUUCAGCUGCGGAGCGGGCUCCAACCAGUGCAUCCCCGUCUUCUGGAAGUGUGACGGGGAGAGGGACUGUGACAACGAAGAGGACGAGGUCAACUGUGGUAACAUCACCUGCGCGCCGAAUGAGUUCACGUGCGCCAGUGGACGCUGCAUCUCGCGAAACUUUGUGUGCAACGGCGAGGACGACUGCGGCGACGGCUCGGACGAGGUGGAGUGUACGCCCUCCUCCUGCGGCCCCAGCGAGUUCCGGUGUGGGAACGCCUCCUGCAUUCCCAUGAGCUGGGUGUGCGACGACGAUGUGGACUGCCAGGACCAGUCGGACGAGUCUCCGUCUCACUGUGGCCGUCAUCCCACGCCGCCGGCCAAGUGUUCGUCCAGCGAGAUGCAGUGUAGCUCUGGCGAGUGCAUCCACAAGAAGUGGAGGUGUGACGGAGACUCCGACUGCAAGGACGGCAGCGACGAGGCCAACUGUCCUGUGCGCACCUGUGCAGCGGAUCAGUUCAAGUGUGACGACAACAGCUGCGUCCCCGGCAGCAAACAGUGCAACGGCCUCCGGGAGUGUGCCGACGGCUCGGACGAAGCCAACUGUCGAAACAUGACUCAGUGCAACGGGCCAGACAAGUUCAAGUGCCGCAGCGGCGACUGCAUAGAGAUGAGCAAGGUGUGCAACAAGGCCAGAGACUGCCCCGACUGGAGCGACGAGCCAAUCAAGGAGUGCAAUCUGAACGAGUGUCUUAUGAACAAUGGCGGCUGCUCCCACAUCUGCAGAGACAGGGUGAUUGGCUUCGAGUGUGACUGCACACCGGGGCUCCAGCUCAUAGACCACAAGACCUGCGGAGACAUCAACGAGUGUCUGAACCCCGGCAUCUGUAGUCAGAUCUGUAUCAACCUGAAGGGCGGCUACAAGUGCGAGUGCCACAACGGCUACCAAAUGGAUCCCACCUCUGGAGUCUGCAAAGCAGUAGGUAAGGAGCCCUCUCUGAUUUUCACCAACCGCCGUGACAUCCGUCGCCUGGGUCUCGAGAGGAAGGAGUACACCCAGAUAGUGGAGCAGCAGAGGAACACUGUGGCCCUGGAUGCCGACUUCAACCAGCAGCUGAUUUUCUGGGCCGACCUGGGACACAAAGCAAUAUAUAGCACCGUGCUUGACAGACGGGGCGACGUGGGCGCCCACACCAAGGUGAUCGAUAACGUGCAGACCCCCGUGGGCGUCGCCGUCGACUGGAUCUACAAGAACCUUUAUUGGUCGGACCUCGGCACCAAGACCAUCGCCGUGGCCAAUUUCAACGGGACGAAGCAGAAAGUCUUGUUCGACAGUGGGCUGAAGGAGCCGGCCUCCAUCGCAGUGGAUCCUCUGUCCGGGUUCCUUUACUGGUCGGACUGGGGUGAACCUGCCAAGAUUGAGAAGUCUGGUAUGAACGGCGUGAACAGACAGGUUUUGGUGGAGACGGACAUCCAGUGGCCCAAUGGAAUAACCCUGGACCUCAUCAAAGGGAGGCUGUACUGGGUCGACUCCAAGCUGCACAUGCUGUGUAGCGUCGACCUGAACGGAGACAACAGGAGGAAAGUCUUGCAGUCGGCGGAGUUCCUGGCUCACCCCUUCGCCCUCACUGUGUUUGAGGACAGAGUGUUCUGGACGGACGGGGAGAACGAGGCGAUCUACGGCGCCAACAAGUUCACCGGUAGCGACGUGGUGACGCUGGCCAGCAACCUGAACGACCCGCAGGACAUCAUCGUCUACCACGAGCUCAUCCAGCUGUCCGGUCCUAACUGGUGUGCUGAGAAGGGGGACAACGGCGGCUGCAGCUACAUGUGUCUUCCUGCCCCUCAGAUCAACAAACACUCCCCUAAGUACACCUGUGUCUGCCCCAGGGGGCAGGAACUGGAUGCUGAUGGACUGCACUGCAGACCCGGACCGGUGGUUGUGGAUCAAAGAGAGUUGUGUCCACGGAACUUUCUGGAGGAAAUCAACUACUGGGGCGUCCGAAUCAAGGACAGCCGGCGCUGCUGUCGCAUCUCCUUCGAAGAGAGACAGGAUGAGCUCAAUGAGCAGCUGAAGAUACAGAGAGACCUGGAGGUGGAGGUGGAGGAGAACGCGGAGCUGUUUCGCGGCAUGGCUCUCGGACCCGCCAGGAGGAGGAUCUGGAAUAUGAUGGAGAAGCCGUUCUCCUCAGUCACAGCCAAGCUGAUGGCGGUCGCGUCGUCCUUCUUCGUGCUCGUCUCUGUGGUCGCCAUGACGCUAAACACCGUGGAGGAGAUGCAGUAUAAGAAACCAUCGGGUGAGCUCAGUGGCAGAAGUUAUGGCGAAUACGUGGAGACCUUCUGCAUCUCCUUCUUCACCACGGAAUACCUGCUCCGCCUGGUGUCCACCCCAGACCUGAGGCGUUUUGGACGCAGCAUGCUGAACACCGUCGAUCUGAUCGCCAUCCUGCCACUCUACCUCCACAUGAUCCUGGAGUGUUUCGAGGACAAUGACACAAACCGACACGCGGGAGACAUCGAGACAGUGGCCCGUGUCGGCAAGGUGGGUCAGAUUUUGAGGAUCAUGCGGUUGAUGCGUAUCUUCAGGAUUCUGAAAUUGGCUCGUCACUCCACGGGUCUGCGGGCCUUCGGGUUCACGUUGAGGCAAUGCUACCAACAGGUGGGCUGUUUACUCUUGUUUAUCGCCAUGGGCGUAAUCAUGUUUUCAGCCAUGGUGUACACAGUGGAGCACGAUGUCCACAACACCAACUUCACCUCCAUCCCACAUGCCUGGUGGUGGGCCACUGCGAGUAUUUCCACAGUGGGCUAUGGCGACAUGUUCCCUGAGACCAACCUGGGUCGUGUCUUCGCCUUUGCCUGCAUCUCUUUUGGUGUGAUCCUGAACGGCAUGCCCAUCUCCAUCCUCUACAACAAGUUCUCCGACUACUACGCCAAGCUCAAGUCUCACGAGUACACGGCGGUCAUCAAGGCCCGUGGGAAGGUUCACUUCGCCGGGAGGGCUGCCAAGAAGUUCAGCAAGUGCUGCGAGGACGUGGUCAACCCAAGGCCUUCCCCACCCCAGUGA